AUGCCAGAUCAGCGCAACGCCGCCUUCUUGCACGCGCCUCAGCCCUGCGUGGCGACGGUCGACGAGCAGGACAUGUACUGCUUGACCAGCCACGACGAUCCGCACUUUGUCUACCACAAGGCGAUCGCAAACGGUGAUCUAAAGACGGUGCGGCGACUGCUGCCUGUGUGGGACAACGACCGCGCCAUGGACGUAGCUGCGAUGCACGGCCAAGUCGAUGUGCUCCUCUUCCUGCACAAGGCGAGCCAAGUAGGCUGCACGACGCGUGCGAUGGACUAUGCAGCCGCGUACGGGCAAAUGGAGUGUCUGCGGUUUCUGCACCAAUUCCGCAACGAAGGCUGCUCGCGCCAAGCACUGCUGUACGCCGUGCGCAACGACCACGUCUACUGCGUGCUGUACCUCUGGCGCCACCAGCCGCAGCCGCACUGGUUCCGACUCGACGCGGCCAUCCGCUUUGCAAAGGAGUACAAGCAGCGGCGCGUGCUCAAGGCGCUCCAGCAGAUCCGCCGGGACCAAGAAACGUCGCCCACGUCCUUUCUCCAGCGCCACGUCUGGCGACCGUUGCGUUCCCGCCUCACUCAUUUCUAG